AUGAACAGCUCAAGUAGAAAGCGUGGUGCUCUUUCAACGACGACAAGAAGUAUUACUACUAGCAGCCGGCCUUCUGAUGAGAUCUCUAAGCAAACCGCUACUCACGAUCGAGAAGAAGUACCGGAGAGAACCUCUAUUCAAAUCAGCAAAGACCAACAGAGAAUAGAAGAAAAACGUCUGCAUGGGCCUAUAGAAAAAGAGCAAGAAGCAAAGAUUGAGCACUUGCAAGCUUGUAUGAAGCAAUUGACCAUCGAACAAUCAGAAUUACAAUUCAAGCUGGGCCAGGCCCAAAAGAGGGAGCAAGAUUUACUUCGGGAUUUUCGCACACAGCUUGAAAAUCACCAACUAGAGAAUCAAGAAUUGUCACAGCACUUGAAGGCCACACACGAGGAAUCAAAAAGGCUCAAAAUUUCCAAUGCUUCUUUACAAGGUGUACUUGACGACAUUCAAGAACGCGCGUUUCGCUCCAUGGGUAAAGGAGGGUGGUCAGCACCGGAAGACGGAAAAGUUCGCGACAAUUUCCUGAGACUUCAAGAAAAAAUCAAGAAAUGGGCCAAAACGAACGCUCUACAAAUUUCUAACGGCAAGGAUUUGGAUCAUUUGAAGAUCGACCAAAAGCGAGAUAUCAUCAAAAGCUUGUCUGGCUAUUGUGUUCCAGGCAGUUGGGACGAUAUCAUCCAAAUGAUGACUCCAUCUGUGGCUAGAAGAGUACCUUAUAUUUUUACCCAUGCACUUCUCUCAAAAGACAUCUUUGGCGGCAUAUUUGAGAAUCCCUUCCUCACGUUGGAAGUGCUUGAGGGCGCCAGUUUCCCAGCUGCAUCACAACUCACCGGUCUUUACCAGGCUAUGAAGGAGAUCGACGCAACUGAAGCGCACAUCUGGCGGGCACAGAUGCUCCGGGUUCUACAGACUCCAUAUAGGGUUUCCAAAUCAGACAUCACUUUCGUCGGAAGAUUGGAGGUGAAUCUGUCACGAAUGGGCGAUCUACGCUCGGAGCAAUUCCUUUCUGGUUCAGUAGGAUGCUUACUUGGUAGACCAGGCGGAGGUGAACAAUUGGCGAAGAAAGGAUUGGCAGACAUAUACAUCUUUGCAGCACAGCUGUCAUUGUCAGUAUGGACACAACGAUCAUUUCUAGAAUGUCCCAAACUCCACCAAGAUAGCCGUUUCCGUAAUGGAGACGAGCUAAUGAGUGCUCAUGCAAUGCAUCAUCUCGAUGAUGAGGAAGAUACGCGACUAGAUGGACAGCCCAUUAUUGCCAUAAUCCAGCCACCUGUCCUUGCCUUCGGAAAUGAUGAUGCUGAACACUAUGAGCAAUACAAAAUCUGGGCAAAGGCAAUUGUUUUGAUAGGCGAAAAAACAUAA